AUGCCCGAACCAAACCCUGAACCCAGAAUUAACCCUAUUGUUCAGGCAGCCGCUGCUAUUCAGCGGAUGACCGAUCUUUUAGCCCAUGUCAUGGAACAACAGGGCCACAACCCUAAUCCGCUAGUUGGGAACCCCGAAAAUCCCAGGAAUCAUAUAGAGAGUGAGGAUCGAACCCUCGAGAGGUUUCAAAAAUUCUUCCCACCAAAGUUUCUAGGAAGGCCAGAUCCUGAUGUGGCCGAGAGCUGGUUAGAGAAGAUGGUGGAUAUCUUUGCGGUCUUACACUAUAGUGAGGAGAGGCAGAGGCUAAAUGUAGAGAUUCAAAAGGAUCUGGCGGUAGUCCAGAUCAAUACUUUUAGUGAAGCAGUGGAGAAAGCCUUGCGAGUUGAAAAUGUGAGACUGCAAGUUAGAAACUUUCAGGUGAAGAAACGAGGAUUUCCUGCGAGUAGUUCGUCACAGGGGGAUAAGGGUACCCCUCCCAAGUUCGGAAGGGAAGCCGGAGGAGGAAGGCUACUGGGAAUGGCACAGGGAACUCCGCCAAGAGGUGGUCAAACUGGACGAGGCGAACAGAGAAGUGCCUCACAGGGGAGCUCAGUCUCGAUUUCUCGUGGUCCUUAUAGAUUUUGUAGGAAACCAAACCACAUCGAGGACAACUGUUGGAGGAAGGAAAGAAAAUGCUUACGCUGUGGGAGUGCGGAGCAUCAAAUAGCCAACUGUUUGGUGUUACUUUGGGAGGCGAGAGUAACUACCCAAUCAUCGAAGGCCACCUCGGGGCAGUCCAAAAUGGAAGGAACAAAGCCGAAGGUGCCUACACGGGUGUACUCCCUUGAGCAACGCCCAGUCCCAGAUUUUGCUGAAGUGGUGGAAGGUACGAUUCCUAUCUUCCAUCGUCUAGGUAGGAUUUUGAUAGAUCCAGGUGCCACCUAUUCCUUUAUUAACCCUGAUUUUAUGUGCGGAAUUGAUAUUAAACUUGUUAGCUUGUCUUACGAUUUGAAAGUUAGUACUCCUCCGGAAAACCAAUGUUUAAUCACUAGUAUGAUGUAUGUUGAUUGUGAAAUUUGGGUAGGAGAGAGGAAGCUAUUGGGGAAUCUUAUAAGCUUAGCUAUUCAGGGGUACGACGUUAUUUUAGGAAUAGACUGGUUAGCUAAGUAUGAUGCCCAACUUGACUGUAAGAGAAAUGUGGUAGAAUUGCGUAUACCGGGGGAGGCGACUUUAAGGUUAGAUGUAAGGGGUAGCCUAGCCUCAUCUGCAUUAAUUUCGGGUAUUCGGGUUAGGAAACUUCUGAGUAGAGGGGCACAAGAGUUCCUAACUUUUCUUAUUAACACUCUCACCGAUAAAUUGAAUAUAGAAGAUGUACCUAUAGUGGGUGAAUAUCCGAAUGUAUUUCCUGAUGAAUUAGUAAAUCUACCUCCGGAGCGAGAGAUAGAAUUUGAGAUUAACCUAUUACCGGGGACGUUGUAG